AUGGUGGGAGUCGAAUCGAUUGUCGAGGUUCAGUUGGACGACAGAGUUUGCCGAUUAAAUCCCACGAAUCAACAGCACGUUCUUGAGCCAAGUCCGAGUUUGUUCAUCGCCAAGCCUAGAGUAAGUUCUCACAAGAUGUUUUUUAUCUAAGAUUUUAGGAGAAACUAAAGGUUAGGCGUCCAGUAACAAAAGAAUGCCACAGCAAUUUGGAGGACGUCAAAAUGCCAGAAGACUAUUAUGUCUUUACUGGAAAUGAAUUCGAGACCUCAGAAAAUUCUGUAGAAUACGAUGUUGAGGAUGUGGUAAGUAUAUUCGUUGUUAGUUCAUUGUUCUUUAGGAUGUGGAAUGGCUCCGACUUGUAAAUGACAAAAGAGCCAAGGAUAAGCUUAAACCUUUGACGGAGGAUGAGGUUGAAAAGGCGAUUGACAGGUUCGAAAAGGCUUCACAUUUUCAGGUAAAUGGUUUGUUUAUGUUGUGGAUCUAGUUUGUCAGAUUUCUUGUCCCUUUUUGAUUUAAAUUAUAUUGAUUUAGGUGAUUUAUUGGGUAAUAUAUAUGUAUAAUUAUUUCUAGAGUGAACAUCGACCACCUCAAGUCGACGACGAUGCCCCUUGUUGUAUAUGCAACGAGGCCGAAGACGCAAAUACAAAUCAAAUUAUAUUUUGUGACAUGUGCAAUAUUGCUGUUCAUCAAGAAUGCUACGGAGUGCCAUACAUCCCUGCGGGUCAGUGGUUGUGUCGGAAGUGCCAGUUAUCUCCUUCUCAACCUGUCCAAUGUGAGCUUUGCCCCUUCAAAGAUGGGGCUUUCAAGCAGACAGCAGAUGGCAAAUGGGUUCAUGUCGUCUGUGCCCUCUGGCUGAGCGAAGUUCAUUUUGCAAAUGUGGUAUUUUUGGAACCAGUGGAAGGUGUAAAAAAUUCGUUAAAACGAAGGGCCAAAUUAACUUGUCAGGUGUGCCGAAUCAAGCAUGGAGCUUGUCUGCAGUGCAGUAAGGUAGGAUAAUAUAAAAAGUUUUGAAUUAUUUGCCAAAUGUCUCUCUAAUGUCAAUCUUUUUGCUUAUUAUUGCUAUUAAAAGCAGUUUUUGACGGUCUAUUAAUUCAGAAGUGCUGCGUUCGACCAUUCCAUGUGACAUGCGCAAUAUUCAGCGAGAUGCUAAUGGAAGUCCGACAAUCUGAAAAAGACGGCUCGGAAGAUACAGUUGUAGAGCGAUUCGUAUAUUGUCAUCAGCAUUCUGCCGCAAAGUAAGUUUUUAUUUCCAUUUUUGUUUAUCUUUUAGGGCCAAGGUUGAUAUCCACUCAUCUUCAUUCAAACGAUUGGUUUCUGAGAAGUUGAAACGAGCAAGAAGAGCCCUCCAAAACUCAUCCAAACAGAUCAACAACCUUGUAUUGCCGGUGGUUCCGAGGUCUCAGUUCGAUGAUAUAAAGUCAGAGCUAAAAGUUGACCGACCAGAAGAUUUGUUGCAUUUUUGGUUCCUCAAAAGAAGGGCAAGAUGUGGAGUGCCGCUAUUACGAAGGCUACAAGUAUAUCACAGCAAGAAACAAGUGGGACGACGGUCAGGCGAAGGACUUCUUGAUGAAAUUACAGCAGCUGGAAGGGAUAGCAGUCAGUGGGAUCAGUUGCUAAGGACGGGAAAACUCAGGAAUAACCUUGAAAAGCUCAGGUUGCUAGUCGAAUUAGUAAAGAAACGGGAGAAAAUCAAAUUGGAAACGGUAAGAGUUCAUUUCAUUGCUGUUUCGGUGGAUAUUUUGUUGCUAUCUGAGGUCAACUUCACUGUAUUAUCCAUGAUUUCAGAUACAAAAUUAUCGGGAUAUUGUUGAAAACGCCCUAAAAUCGAUUAGAACCAUCCUAGAAGAGACCCUGGAAAGGCUAGUUGAGAGAGAUCAUCUCCAUGUUUUCACCCAACCAGUAAAUGAAGCAGAAGUUCCCGGGUAUUCGAAUAUAAUCAAGAAGCCCAUUGACUUUGGAAAGAUGUAUAAAAAGCUGGAGAAUGGCGACUACAGAAGAGUGGCAGACCUCAAAGCAGAUUUCGAUUUGAUGAUGAGUAAUUGCGAGAGCUUUAACAGGAAUAAUGAGCAUUUUCUACGAUAUGGCCAGAUCAUCAAGAGCUUAGGAUCAAAGAUUCUGAAGGAAGCUGAAGCUGAGGUGGAAUUAACGGCAUCGGUAGGCUAGCUGAAUUGAAAAUUUUUUAGUUGUAGUAGUUAAUUUUUAAAAGGUUUAUUAUGUCGUCAAAUAUAUUAUACUUAUGUCGCUCCUUUGAUUUCAGCCUAAAAUGUUGUGUGAACUACCAUUUUUGUUCCCUGAAUGCAGCAAGAAUGAGAAUAUGCAGAUUAUAAACCGAGCUAAUUCCAUCGCCGAUAUGACUAAUUCGAAACCCUUAGGUAAGUAAUGGUUAAGUUAUAUUUUAUUCAAAUUUUAGAACGAAGAUCAAGCACAGCCUCCGUGAAAAGCUCGAGGAAGGCACUGAAUGGUUUGAAACGAGGUGAGUGAGGCAUAAAAGAAGUGAAGACUCUGUUGAAUGACCAUGUACAAUAUAACAGUUCUAGGUAGAGACACGGCCCAGCCCAAGAUUCUCGAUUUCUUCAAGCCAGUGGUAACCCCAACCACACCAUCAUCACCUCAAUCACCGCCGCAUAAACGGGCAAGACCCCGAUCCCCAGAAAAAAAGAGCAAAGUUAUCAGAUCUCGACAGGAUUAUUUCACAGAAACGUCCUCGGAUACGGCUGGAGUGAGCACGGAUGAGGAUAUUGGAGGAAUGAGGCGGAGACUGCGGAGGAGUAAUCGAAGUGGACGCCAAAGCGAAAAUGAUAGUGGUAUGCGUUUUAUUUUGCCUGAUUCAAGUUGAACUAGUGGUGAAGGGGUCCCAUCUUGACAUAAUUUGUAUGGCUUUUAGUAUGAGUAUAUUUUAUAAUAUUAGGUGUGUAAGUCCAGUUGAAAUGUCCUGUUCAAUUGUUUUAUAGUGGAAAACGGGAGGCUUUCUUUGAGUUGCUUUCAUGGCGCAGUGGGUUUUGUGAUUUUUUACCAGUCUGAGAGACCCGAGUUCGAUUCCCACCCCCUUGCAAAUAAGCCGAGUUGUGUUGCGUUUAGUGCGUCACAACCAUGCAAACGCAAGGGAAAUUGUAAUGAACUGCAGACAAGACUAUGCUCGACGAUUUGGCAUAGACAUCAAUUCAGUCCAGACAUUGUUUUUAGAUUUGAAAUUUUUGUUUUUUCUGGGUGUUUGUUGUAGCGAAAGUCAUGUUAAUAAUGGGAUUUUACAGAUGCAGUAAAUGGAGCCGACUUCAUGCACAAUGACAUUGUUUGGGCACCCAUGGGCCGAGAAAAAAUGGUCGGCCGAAUCGUAAAGCGGACAUUGGUCGAAUUCGAGGAAGAAAAAGAAAUACGAGACAAAAUAAAACAACUCCGACCGUCCGCAGACCCAUCCAUGGUCCCCAUCCUCUUCUUCGAUGUCAAUUCCACCGUCCAAUAUGUGAAUUACACCGAUCUCAGCCACUGUGAUGUCAUGAAAACCCCCUCCGCCGAUAAUCAAACCCUUCUCGCCGCCUUUGGACGUGCCAAAGAGUACUGGGAGAAGACUAUGAGGGAUUGA